CUGGCUCGCGACGCAGUUGAGCAUACAUGGGCUAUAGAUUUACCUCACCUGACUCAAUCUCUACCGCUCAAUCCAGAUGGAUUACCUAUUCCUGCUGUUCCCCCCUUUUUAUCCAACCCAAAAUUCCCUACUGAGAAUAAAUCACCUCGGGCUCAUAGCUAUGUCUGCCAUUCUGGUAGUCUAAGCAAUCAAACGAAAUUGGAUACAUGCGAAGCAAGCAAUCGUAAUAUAUUUUCAGCUCGCCGCUCCUCAGAUGAUAUGACUGCCCACGAGCUUUUGCCUCUUGUUAACAUGGAUUUCGUUCGUCCCUUCUCGAUUUUGCCGAGACGCCAAGUACGCUUGCAUUUAAUAGUAUGCAAUUUAUUUUCAUCAUACUUUUAUCUGCACAUGCCAGAAUGA